AUGACAGCAACUAUAGAGAGGAAAUCGCUGGAGGCCAAUGAGAUAUUAAGGCGACGUGUUUCUGUUGGGGAGAAAACCCAAAGGCCAGAGCUCAUUGCUGUUGUGCUUUUCUUGUUCAGGGAGCCUGUGGACGAGGUCCUGCAGAUGCCCCCGUCCCUGCUGACGUGCGGCGGGUGUCACCAGAGCAUCGGGGACCGGUUCUUCCUAAAGGCCAUCGAGCAGUACUGGCACGAGGACUGCCUGAGCUGUGACCUGUGCGGCUGCCGGCUGGGGGAGGUCGGCCGCCGCCUCUACUACAAACUGGGAAGAAAAUUGUGUCGGCGAGAUUAUCUCAGGCUUUUUGGUCAGGACGGUCUCUGUGCUUCCUGUGAAAAGAGGAUCCGGGCGUUUGAGAUGACGAUGCGUGUGCGGGACAAAGUUUACCAUCUCGAGUGCUUCAAAUGUGCCGCCUGCCAGAAGCACUUCUGCGUGGGCGACCGCUACCUCCUCAUCAACUCGGACAUUGUGUGCGAGCAGGACAUCUUCGAGUGGACCAAGCUCAACAACAACAGCAUGGUUUAG